AUGAGUGAAGGAACCGCGACUAUUCGUACUCGCAAAUUCAUGACCAACAGAUUGUUGGCCAGAAAGCAGAUGGUAUGCGAUGUCCUCCAUCCAGGCAAGCCCACCGUCAGCAAAACUGAAAUCCGUGAGAAGCUGGCGAAGAUGUACAAAGUGACACCCGAUGUUGUUUUCGUGUUCGGUUUCAAGACAAACUUUGGAGGUGGCAAAUCCACAGGUUUUGGUCUAAUCUACGACACCUUAGAUUUCGCUAAGAAGUUUGAGCCCAAACAUAGGUUAGCGCGCCAUGGAUUGUACGAAAAGAAGAGACCCACGCGCAAACAGCGUAAAGAACGUAAGAACAGAAUGAAGAAGGUGCGUGGUACUAAGAAAUCUAAAGUAGGUGCGGCCGCUAAGAAGUGA